UGCUCUGCUCUGGGAUACACGCAAAAGCAAGGGAGACACUGAACUGAAUCGGGGGACGUUGACCAGGUCUCGUCGCGAUACCCGCCACGUCAGCCAUCCGCCGAUCAUUCUCAUCCACUCCCGACUCCUCCCCUCCCUUUCCUCAAAGCCUCCCCUCUCCUUCCCUUCCCCAACACUCCCCCCCCCCCCCCUCUCCUCUCUCCUCUCGCGUCGCGACCUGUCCUGCUGUCCAUCCAUUUCUUCCCCUUCUUCCUCCUGCCUGUCUCCCUCCUCUUUUCAUGCGUGAGAGGUCGUCGGGGCCUCUAACUGCUGCGCACCUCGCGUCGUUGCUGUUGUUCUUGGUCUUCUUCUUGCUCGCGAGGCGGGCGUCCUGUUGGUGCCGGGAGGACACGGAGAGGGCACGCAUGGGGCUCGCCGGUGACGGGUCUCCGGACAGCGGAGGCCACCUCAGUGAAAAUGGCCGGUUCAGUUAUGGAUUUGCAAGUUCUCCUGGGAAAAGAGCAUCAAUGGAGGAUUUUUAUGAGGCAAGAAUAUAUGAAAUUGAUGGAGAGAAAGUUGGAUUGUUUGGCGUAUAUGAUGGUCAUGGUGGAGCUCGAGCAGCUGAAUAUGUCAAGCAGCACCUUUUCAGCAAUUUAAUCAAACAUCCAAAAUUCAUCACUGAUACCAAGUCUGCUAUCGCUGAAACAUACAACCACACAGAUUCAGAAUUUCUGAAAGCUGAUAGUAGUCAGACUCGAGAUGCUGGCUCAACUGCUUCGACAGCUAUUAUUGUAGGUGAUCGGUUGCUUGUUGCAAACGUUGGAGAUUCUAGAGCAGUUGUUUGUAAGGGAGGGGAGGCUAUUGCGGUUUCAAGGGAUCACAAGCCUGAUCAGUCAGAUGAGAGACAACGAAUUGAGGAAGCCGGGGGCUUUGUGAUGUGGGCUGGGACUUGGCGUGUUGGUGGUGUUCUUGCUGUUUCUCGAGCAUUUGGUGAUAAACUCUUGAAGCAAUAUGUUGUUGCUGAUCCAGAAAUCAAGGAGGAGGUGGUCGACAGCUCCCUUGAAUUCCUAAUCCUUGCUAGCGAUGGACUCUGGGAUGUUGUCACUAAUGAGGAAGCUGUUGCCAUGGUGAAGCCUAUACAUGACCCCGAGCAAGCAGCAAAGAGACUUCUCCAAGAAGCUUGCCAAAGGGGAAGUUCUGAUAACAUCACAGUUGUCAUCGUGCGCUUCCUGGAUGGAAUGACCGGAGAUGGAUCGGGUGAAGAGAAAGAGAAAGAGACUGCCAACGAUCAAAACUCCUAGUUGCUCUUGUAGAAGCAAGCACACUAUUGUCCUGGCUGUUGUAUCUGAUGCUCGAAGUAGAUGCGCUCCUGUUCCGCGGAAUCUGUCUUGCCCCGAAUUUCAUCUUGAUUUUGUUCAUGCUCCUGGCCUACCUAUUUGUGUUGUCACAGUAUGAUCCAAGGUGAACUUUCCUUUUUUAAGCUUUGUAAUGUAGCUUUCUGUGCUGUUGAUUCAAGAAUCAUGCUAAAGAUUUUGUAGCAGUAAGUGCAUGUAAAACUGUCAAACGAUUUGAACAAAGUUGUAACACUGCCGUACGUAGCAAUCUCCCUA